AUGGCCGUCCUUGCCGGGGUCGCAGCACCAUCCUGGGCCCUGCCCAUCUCAGAGUUCCUGGAAAACGGGGUCCUUCCCAUGGACGAGACUGAAGCCCGGCAAGUGCAGCUCCGGGCGUCCGCCUACAGCAUCAUCAACAACGAGCUCGUCAAACGCAGCUCUACCGGCGUGUUCCAACGCUGUGUCGAGCAGGACAAGGGCAUCGAGAACUUCCUCGACAUACACCAGGGCGAGUGCGGGCACCAUGCCGCCUCGCGCAAGCGCAGUCACCAGCCGGUGACGGCACUCCGGACCAUCCCGAUCGCCUCGCCCUUCGCGGUCUGA